AGGAUUGCAAGCAACUGCUGCUCUAAGGCCAUGUGUGCCUCAGUAUUUAUAUUCCAACUGGCCCUGGCAAUAAUAGCAUUUCCAUUCUAUAUACUUCACUUUCUUGGCCUUUGGAACCCUAUAUGCAAAAGGUUGUUUCCUCAAUUUAUGAUCAAAUUUGCUGUUUCAUAUAACAGAAAUAUGGAUCCUACAAAAAAGGAUCUCUUCAGCAACCUUUGUGAUUUUCAAAGCUCAACUAAUGGACUCAAACUUCUAGAGAUUGGCUGUGGCACUGGGGUCAAUUUCAAAUUCUACCCAAGAGGCAGCAGAGUGACAUGUGUUGAUCUAAACCCCAAUUUUGAAAAACACCUGCUUAAAAGCCAAGAAGAGAAUGACCACCUUGUAUUUGAGCGUUUCUUGGUAGCUUCAGCAGACAACAUGAACCAGGUGCCCGAUGGAUCUAUGGAUGUAGUGGUUUGCACGCUGUUGGCAUGUUCGGUGUCAGACACACCAAAGGUACUAGAAGAGGUGUGCAGGGUUCUUAGACCGGGGGGAGCUUUCUAUUUUUUGGAACAUGUAGCAUCCCCAGAUGACUCCAGUUAUACAAGUUUUGUCCAGAAAGUCCUUAAUCCUACGUGGAAACUGCUCAUUGAUGGAUGUCACCUAACAAGGACCACCUGGAAAGACCUUGAAAAAGCAAAAUUCUCUAAAUUGAAUCUGCGCCAUAUGCAGGGACCUAAUCUUUUUAUGCCUUUAAAGCCUCAUAUAGUGGGUUAUGCUACAAAAUAAUUUUCAGUUAGUAUGUAGUUUAAAAAGGAAGUUAUUGUUUUAUUGGGUACUGAGAGGAUCACAUGCUAACACUUCUAGACCCAUGCUAAUAAUGCAUAUAGAUUAACAGAUUUUAACAGACUGACAUUCUCAUUUAUACAGCCCAGUGUCGUCCACUCUUCCUCAAAAAAGAAAAGAUAGAAAAAGAAACAUAAAUCAAACACAGAAGUACUGAUUUCAAUUGACUCAAUUUCGUUUUUCCCUUUUUCUUUUUUUUUCUCCUCUCCUCUUUUUUUCUUUUGUUCGUUAUUGUUUUUCUUAGUGUUGGGUAUUCGUUUGUACAGACAGCUGUUAUUGUUUGAAAAUGUCUUUUGAUAUUGGAAUCCAACAUAAACAUUAGUAGAAUGUGUAAAGACAAAGAUUACAAGACGUAUGGUCUGUAAUAGACAAGUUACUUUUAUUAUAUUGGAGAUUGUAUAUGGUAAUGGAUAUAUGAUUAUUAGGUGUUAACAUGUCUCCUUAUUAUGUGUGGUAUGUUGCAACUUGUUUUAAAAUAUGCUAAUAAAAAGAUUUAAACAUAAAAA